UCUCAGGGUCUCGUUUCCAAGAUGACCAAGAAAAGAAGGAACAAUGGUCGUGCCAAAAAAGGCCGCGGCCACGUACAGCCUAUUCGCUGCACCAACUGUGCCCGUUGCGUCCCCAAGGAUAAGGCCAUUAAGAAGUUCGUUAUCCGGAACAUAGUAGAGGCCGCCGCGGUCAGGGAUAUAUCUGAAGCGAGUGUCUUCGACGCCUAUGUGCUUCCCAAGCUGUAUGUGAAACUGCAUUACUGUGUGAGUUGUGCCAUUCACAGCAAGGUAGUCAGGAAUCGCUCUCGUGAAGCACGGAAGGACCGAACACCACCACCCAGAUUUAGACCUGCCGGUGCUGCCCCACGACCUCCACCAAAGCCUAUGUAAAGAGCUAAGUCCUUAAGGAUUGAAGAAAAACUGUUCUCUGGAAAAAUAAAAUAAAACAGAUUGUACUUUAUAAA